AUGUUUCGUAAAGAUUUUAAAUCAAAAGGAUAUACACAAGUAAAAUCUUCAGAUCGAAAAAAACUACGUCAACAAAUUCAACAAAUCUAUUCAACACUUAAUGAUGAUAUACUUUCAUUAAUUAUACCGACUGGUAAAGGUGAUGAUUUUACAUCAUGUAAAUUAUUAUUAAGUACAGGUGAUGAUAUAUUAGUUUAUUCAACAAAUAAAAUUCCUUGGUUUUUUAUUAUCGAAGAUAAUAAAAGUAAAAUUGAACGUAUUCUACCAACUGUUUAUCUUUUAUGGAAAUGUCCAGAUUUAUUAACAUUAAAAUUUCAUACACAUAAACAUGUUUUUAAUAAAUUAAUGAAUGGUGCUGAUCUUAUGUUACCUGGUCUAAUAUUACCACCAGGUUGUGUUACACCACAAACAUUUCGUCAUGUUCAACGUGAUGAAUUUUGUGCAAUAUGUUUAGAUGAUAAUCGAUAUCCAAUAGGUAUUGGUCAAACAACGAUGGAUGGUGAUGAUAUGUAUAUGAGUGGUAUGAAAGGACGAGGUAUUAUACUUCUACAUCUUUAUCAAGAUGCUCUUUGGAAUAUUGGACCACGUACUGAAGUGCCCUAUGAAAAAGAACAACGACAAUUAUUUAUUACUGAUCAAGGAAAAAUUGAUGAAAAUAUUGAACAAGCAUGUGCUCAAGCUUCAGAUAAUAUUAUCACACUGAAUUUAAAUGAAGAAGCAAUACCCGUUUCAAUACCUAAUGAAUCACUAGAUCAUCCUGAAUCCAUGGACGAAAUACUUAAUAUAAUUUUUCUUUAUUUAUGUCAACGUAAAGCUAAAACAUAUGAAUUACCACUUUUAGCAUCACAUUUCUAUACAAUAAUGCAAGAUUGUGUACCUGGUUUAACACUUGAUCUUAAAUUAAGUUCAUAUAAAAAAUUUUCAAAAUUUCUUCAACAUCAACAAGAAAUUAAUAAUCUUAUUUCAAUUGAUGAAAUAAAACCAGGUGUACUUGCUAUUACUUCAUUUAAUUUAACUAAUAAUGAACAAUUAGAUAGUUUUCGUACACCUUCAUGGCUUAAAAAUUAUUUAACUAAAGCAUCGGAAGCUGUAGCAGCUGCUGCUGUCACUGAAUCAGAAGUUGCGAAUACUAAAUAUACUUUUCCUGUGAUAACUGAAUUAUGGAAAACAAAUUCACGUGUUAAUGAAUUAUUAGGUUGUUCAUCGUCAACACAUUAUUUUCGUGCUGAUGAAAUUCGACAAGCAGUUCGAUCAUAUGUUAUGAGAAAUAAUUUAAAUAAUGAAAAACAAGUUAAAUUAGAUUCAGUACUUGUUCGAUUGUUUAAAACAAAAGAUGAAUCAACAAUGUUAGUUGGAUGGAAUGAACUGAAUAAUGCUGUUUUUGAUGCUAUGUCACCAUGUACUGAAUUAUCAUUUGUUCAUCUUGAACAACCAAUUCGUAUUAAUGGUCAUAUACAAUCAAUUGAACUUGAAUGUAUUGAUAGAAAUCGAAAACGACAAACAUUUAUACGUUAUUUAGAUACAUAUCAAAUUGAUUUAAAUGAAUUAUGUAAACGUAUUCGACAAGGUGCUUCCGUUAGUGCUGUUAUUAAUGAUACAGAUGAAACAAAACGUAC